AUGUCUAAGCCUAAAGUCAAAGACGACGAACAAAUUCUUCGACAGGUUCGAUAUGAAGUCACCGAAUUGCGAAAAUUGGGAGAAGAUUGGGGAAUGUCUUCUGGGCAGAUCAAUCAAUGCAUUAAUGAAGCGUUUUGUCAGAAAUUGACCAGUGGCAGUAAGAUUACUGAAAAAAUUGCUAAGAAUAUCCAAGAAGGAACCAAAUGGAUAAAGAUACGUCUGGUUUUUCGUAUUUGGUUGGUCUUCAUUAUUACCGUUUUUGGAUUGGUAACAUUGACGAACCAUACGGAAUACUUUGGCAAAGCUGUAGAUAAAAUGUUACAACCCUACGGCUAUCCUAUCUUUAGGGUUGUGAGGUUACUCUCCCUACCUCUACAUCACUACAACAUCAGCAGCUAUCACAAUAGAGAAUGUGUCGUGCCGAAUCCAUAUUUCUAUGAUCAAGAAGAUGAAUGUUUAUGUCAAGGAAUAACGAAAGUUCGUGUCACUAAACUCAGGAAAGAAAAGGAAUUAGGAAAGGAGUUUUUUGAGAUACCUAUCCUCUUUAAGGGAUUACAGAAAGAAUUAGUUCCAUUCGAAAAAGUUAUUAAACUGGUUCAAGAUGAGUAUGAAAUUUUAAAAGAUCCAUCAUUAUUAGUGGACUCCAGUGUAGAUUGGAUCAAAAACAUAGGUGAUCUUAAUGACAUAGAGUUAAAAAGUAAGAUGAAUAAAGAAGAGAAUUUUCACGUUGAAUGGAAUAGUAGAAGGAUGUCAACAAGUCAGACUCUACGUACCUUGUUCCCACGCCCUGUCAUCUAUCCCAAGAAAAUUGAGGUCGUCAUAACAAGAAGUCUAUAUGUAGCAGGGCCACAUGCUGAUGGCAUUCUCCUGACUGAAAAUCAAGCUGCUGAUUUAUUCUAUAUACAAGGAUGGGGAACACGAACUGUAGUAUUUACUCCCAGAAAGACUUGUGAAGAUGUCUGUGACUCAUUCAGUGUGAAAACAGAGCCAGGCGAUGUCUUGAUGUUUGCGAAUUCAUGGGAUGUUAAACUGUUACCAAAUGAAGAAGGAAUUAGUGUAUCAUUUAUGGGAGGUGUUGCUUAAAACAUCAACUCGCAUCACACUGGAAGAUACAGCGAUCUUAAUAAAACAAUGAACAGAUGA